UAUAGUAAAACAAGUCUUUUCUAGCCUGUAAUUGAUCCUCUCGGUGAUCCUGUUCCGGAAGAGAGUCACGUUCACGAUGAUGCUCUUCAUCAGUUUUCUAAAAAUAUCAUAAGGACAUUUGAAGAUUUGCGGAUGUUAAUCGGUACAGAUAUGCCUAUUUUGGGCGGUGGGACUCACCCGUGUCUUUCGCUUCGCUUAAGAGAUAUGUCAAAGCCAAUUAAUGUGCUUACAGGACUGGACUACUGGCUUGAGAACUUGAUGUGCAAUGUUCCUGAAGUUGUGAUGUGCUAUCAUUUGGGUGGUCUGGUCCAAAAACACGAGCUUAUUAAGACGGACGAUUUACCACGCUUACCGGGCUCACAGUUUAAGCCGGGCAUUAUUAAAGAUGUCGCACAAAAUAUUCUCUCUUUCCUAAAAUCUAAAGCCACCAAGGCAGGCCACAGUUAUUGGCUGUUUAAAGCAAAAGACGAUGAUAUUGUUAAGCUUUACGAUCUUACUUCGUUGCGCAAUGAUUUGAAUGAAGACAUCAACCAGAAUCCAUUUACGACACCAGUUGCCAUACUUUUCAAAGUGGCGCAAAAUUUGAAAAUGCCCAGCGACUGGAAGCGACACCAAGGCACUGUCUUAGCUCUUCUAAAGAACUGCCUAUCACUUCUUGAUGCAAUAAAAUAUCCACAGGUCGCCAGGUUUGCUUUGUAUUAUUUAUCUGACGUCUAUUUACCAACAUCACUCAAAGUUCCAGAAGCCGAAGAUACUUCUGAAGAGGUCGAAGAGGAAUGGUCUGACGAAUGGGAGGAAUCCUCAACGGAAGAUCACUUCUCUGCAUCUGUCGACGUUGCGGCACUUUCGACUCCGCAACAGGUCCAGGCAGAGGAAGAGAACGUUCGUAGAAAUGCGCGACCCACCGUCGGAGAUAAUUGGGAACAGCGCUGCCCUUUUGCACUCCAGUACGCAGUCGAAACCCUUGAAUUCCUCAGCAACAACAGGGGAAAACUAAAAAAACCAUCUGAAGAAGAACCCUCCUUGGCCACACCAUUGAAACCCAUUCCGAUGCCAGCGAUAUCAGACAUUAAAACAGCCUCCUCUCGAUGGUGUCACUGGCUCAUUGAUGUUCAAGGAACCACAGAACGAGUGGAAGCAACAGUAUUGGCGACUAUUGAUGGAGAAAUGCCGUUUGGCUUACGUAACUCUACCGAUGAAGCACGAAAAACCAGCCCUUCAAUCCCUGAGAAGAGUUUGAGUCACCUUCGAAUGGCCGCGUUGCUCUGGGCUUAUUUUGAGCCUCCUGGUUUACCUUUGCCGGUACCACCUCAAUCAACUUCACCUCAGAAUUUGACUAACUCAACAUCCCUGCAAAAUCAUGCCCUGGGUUUAGCUGGAGAUGUUUAUUUCUCUAUGGUGCAACAUUGGAAUGAAGUAACUUCUCAGUCACAGCCGGUGGAACGGAAUUUGAUUGACGAUCAACUCCUACAGUUGCUCAGAAAUUUGCAACUUGAAAACGUGUUGGACGAGAGUUAUUUCCCAUAUCCAACGUCACUUCACGAAGCUUUGCAGUUUAGCUUGGAGCAAUAUCGUCUGGCCCUUGCCUCCUUCGUCCCACUAGAAUCUGGAAGUGCAUCUGACGUUCUCAGCCUGGGGAAUGUCGCCAACGAAAUGGGCGUCUUCAUGAGUAAAGACCAAAAUCCGGUCGGGGAAUCCGGUAAUUCAUUUUUCUUUUUAGCUUACUACAAGUAA